UCCAGGGACGGGGCAUCCACAACCUCCCUGGGCAACCUGUUCCAGUGCGUCACCACCCUCUGUGUGAAAAACUUCCUCCUGAUAUCUAGCCUACAUCUCCCCUGUCUCAGUUUAAGACCAUUACCCCUUGUUCUAUCUCUAUCCACCCUCAUGAACAGUCGUUCCCCCUCCUGUUUAUACGCUCCCUUCAAGUAUUGGAAGGCCACAAUGAGGUCUCCCCGGAGCCUUCUCUUCUCCAAACUAAACAAGCCCAGUUCCCUCAACCUUUCCUCAUAGGAGAGGUGCUCCAGCCCUCUGAUCAUCUUGGUCGCCCUCCUCUGAACUCAUUCCAAGAGCUCCAUGUCCUUCUUGUGCUGGGGCACCCAGGCCUGGACGCAAUUCCAUUCCAACUCUAACUUUGUAGUGUUAUGGGGAGUUGGGAAAAUAGUGUUUUCAAGGCCCUCAAGUUCCCAAACGUUAGGAAAAAAAAAAGAGUUGCAGGGUUGUAUUCUUCCUCUGUAAAGUGUCGGUUGUUUCACUGAAGCAGUUUGGGUCUUGUGUUCAUCGUUACAGAAAGAAGAGCCAAAUCACAGCUUUUGUUUUGCUUUAAGUGCAGAGAAAUUUUCAUGCAUGCUUAUUUGGUGUGAUUAUUAGAUUAUCUAAGUGGCUCUUCUAAGAAACGAGCAGAAAGUGUAGGAGCUUGUUUGUACAACAAAAUUGUGUCUAGUCCAAAUUAACGAAAGAUACGCUAUCAUAAAGUACAUUUAUAUGUCAAAUCUGGACUAACUUUUGAGCAAAACAACUUUCAUUUGUCAAACCAUAUUGAUAAAAUUGGUCAUUUUUUUGUGGCUUCUGCACAGAAACUGCCUAAACUUGACAAUUUCCUAUGCAUAAAUCCCAACUAACUUUAAAGUUUCCAAUGACACCAGGUUUAAUGAGGUUGUAUCUAUUGAACUGUCAACCACAACCUAAAAAGGUGACCAUCUGAGAAAGAUCUAAUUAAUGGUAUUACUCUGAAACUUGUCAGGUUAAUGUAGGGGCCAGAGACAGGCACAAACUUUGGGACCAGAAUCAAAGUUGCUAGCAUUUGUGAAUGCUUAUAGUUCAUUGGAAGUGAUCUUUAGCACUAUAAAUUGACUUUCAAAUCUUUAGGCAGCGUGGGUUAUUUCUCUUCCCCAUCUAAAGACAAAUCAUCGAAUCAUCCAUGCAGUAAGUUUGAUACACAUGCCUCUUGAAUUCUUCUGGGCUACAUCUACAGUGUAAUAAAACAUCCAGUUUGUGAAAAGUGCUUGGUUUCAGCCAACACCACUGAAUAUAACUAAUGCACAGUUCACUCUUGUGUUGAAGAGGGAGCUGAACAAUAUUUAAGUGCCAUUUGACAGCCAGUAUAUUGCAGAUUUGAAGUAUGGUUUUAUAUGAUGUAAAAUCAAAUUGUAUUUUACCCACAGAGGGUUGAACCGUGUCCUAGAUGUCAGUAGCUUUUCUAGAACAAAAUGAGACCUUCUCCCCUUUCUGUCUGCAUAUGCAGGCUGCUCAGAGGAGAGCUGCCUGCCCCUUCUGCAGCGCUGGUUUUGGUAGCCACAGAAUGAUUUGCCAAAACUCUCAUCACUUAAAGAAGUGCCAGGAGGUUCUUCCUGAGCAUCAACUGCUCUCGAAACACCUGAAUUCAGAAGGCAUUUUCAUACAUAGCUCUCAAGCAAGUAAAAAUGAUGCGUUUUUCAGCUUCCCAGGCGGGGAUAAUACCAGCGGUAGCAGGGCAAAUAGAUUGAUUUUUCCUUCCAUGGUGCUCAGGCAGUGUGUGGACAUGUAAUACAUCACUCUUGCCUAUGCUGUAAACUUAUGCCCUGCUUAGCACGGUGAACAGUUGCUGGUUUUGCAGUAGUCUGAUGCAAACCUUCAAAUGUAAACUAGGAGAACUCUGAUAUUUUGCCAGUGGUUCUUGUUUUUUCUUGGAACCAAAAUCAUGAACUGACCUUCAUUUCACAAUAACUUGACUGCUGCCCCUCCCAUGUAGCAUUCUAGGCUUUAGGGAUCGCCUCAGGAUGCUUGUCACCCAUGGCUUCAGUGGAUUUUUUGCAAAUUGAUCAAGCUUGAAUCUUUCCCAAAAUCUUACACUGUGCUACAGGAGGCCUUUUGGAGUUGAUUAUUUCCUGCACUGAAGGGUAUCUUGGCACUGAGUUUCUAUCAUUGCUCCCUGUUUGCCGCCACAUUCUUGUUUUGCAGUGUCACGUGCGCUUUGUUGGAACAGCUGCAGUGUCUUAAAGACUCAUAGUCUGACCAGGGUUCAGCUUGUGGUUGGAAUCUUGAAGGGUUUUCCAGGAAGCCCUAAGAUGAGGAACUUGUCAAGCAAUGUUGACAAGAGCAAAAUAAUCAUUUCACAUGAGGGAGACUUUUUUUUUUUUCCCUGCCAGAACUCUGACUUAGUGUUUAAAGCCAUCGAGCUAUCAGCCAACAAGCCAAGGUGAAUCAUUGUCUCAUGGCAUAAAAUACAACAUGCAGAAGGUGCUUUGAUUUUCAGUCCAUCUCAGGGCUUGAGUUGUCUGUCAGAACAAAACAAUACAGUGUAUUCUGUUUAUGUGCUGAAACAUCUUCAGUGCACCAGCCUGUCAGCCCUCAACUCAUCUGCAGGAGUGUAAAAUAAUAAUUUAAAGGAGCAUUAGGACCCUGUGGACCCUGGAAGCUGCCCUGCAGCUGAAUGUCUCUAAAUUCUUUUAUCAAUGACUGUCCCAAAAUGGGAAUGCUCUCUUGACACCUUACUUGUUUAGACCAGAAAAGCAUUGCCUUUGCCCUUCUAAAUGAGGAAGGAGAAUUUCAGAUGCUGCAUGAAGGCAGUACUUUUCUCCCAGGAGUGUUUGUGUUUAUGCUGGAGUAGCUACACAGGCAGCUGAGAAGUAACAACUUGGGAAGCAAAAUGAUUCUCGUAAUCAUAUGUAGAAUCACAAAAAGCAGGAAAGGAACAGUAUCCAUAAGAAAUCACCCAGUCUACCUCUUGUCUUAUUGCAGGGCCAACUAUCCCCAUGCUAUUCCUAAAAGAUGUCAAAUUUCUACUUACAGUCUUAAAUAUCCCCCUGUUUUCACAGGCAAUCCAUUCCAGUGCCAUUCUUAUCAUAAAGAAGUUUUCUAGGGCUGUUGGUGGUGCCUCUUGGAUAAAGUUUAACCUCUUACCUCUUAUCUGAUCCUUCAGAGAUGCCCAGAAUAUGUUAUACCUUCUCUGCAACAGCCUUGUAUAUUCUUGAAGAAAUUUCAUGUCCCCUUCUCUCCUUCAGACCACAUCACCUCAGUUCUUCCAACUGUUUUCGGAGAGCACAAUUCCUAAACCUCGGUCAUUUCUGCUAGUUCCUACCAUUCUUGUACUGCGGUGACCAAACCAGAUGUAGUACAACUGCCGAGACCUCAUCAUGGAAAGAAUAUGAGCUCUUGCACUCUUUUUUGUACAUCCCAGUAUAAUUGCCAUUUUUUUGGCAAUGACAGAAUAUUGCAGACUGAUUUCAGCUCAUGAUUCCCUAACUCCUCCACAGAAGUGCCACUUCACCUGCUGUUCCCCAUUCUAAAUGGAAGCUCUUGAUUAUUCCUGAUGAAGUGUACCACCUUGUCCUCAUCCUUAUCAAUUUUAUUCUGUUUUUAGACUUUUUUUCCAACUUGUCCGUAUGAUUUACUAUUCUAGUCCCCUCUCCCAGUGUUUCUUAUAACCUUCUAGGCUGGUGUUACAUCUUAAAUAAUCACUUUGCUUAUUGAGUAUCCAGGUGACUAACAAAAUGCUGAAUAACCCUUGAACUGAAUCUUUCCAGACCCCAUGUGAUGUGUCCCUCCAUGGUGAUGAUGACCCACUGAUAACGAUGUACAGUUACCCAGCCAGUUCUGUGGGCCCCGUAACAGUUUUGUUGCUUUUCUCCUCACAGUGAUGUGUGACACCCUGGCAGAAACCUGCCUGAAGUUGAUUAAAUUUGGCUUUUCCCUACCCACAAAGCCUUCGUGCUUCUUACUAGUUGCAUCACAUUUUUUUUUCUUGACCAUUCUGGUGUUGUGCCUCUGUUCUCUUGCCAUUCAACUAAUAGUAACCAGACCCAGAUUCUUCUGUCUCUGUGCUUUCUUCUGAGUUCAGCAAAGGACUUACAGCCAUGUUAACAGGCAAUGAUUUAGCACUGCAAAUUAGACUGGGAUUAACUUUGCCAUGUGCACCCAUAACCAUGAUAACGGAGUUCUAACAUUAGAGCACUUGCCCGCAUCUUCCUUUUGUGCAAACAUAUCUAAACUCAGGCCUUUCAGGUUAGUGGUUUUAACUAGGUGUAUACAUUUUCUUCCUUCAUUGCAAAGAUGUAACUUUCAAUACCUGUAACAUUUAGAAGUCAAUGAAAGACUUUUUUAGGGAGCUACCAGGUGCCUUUCUUCACUAACCAUCUUUCCAAUAUGUGUCUGGAUUUUUCUGAUUAUUUUGCAGGAAACCCCUUUUUUGUUAGCAUAUGAUAAUUAGAUAUAGAUUAGAUAGAAAGAGAAAAUGAAGAAUAAAUAUUUCUAGGAGCCCUCUAGGAUUCACUGUGACCUUCUUCAGACAGCAAAUGGACUCCUGUGAUUCUCUUGGAAUUUUCUCAUUCUUCAAAGCAAAUUUAUACUGAUGUCUUUUAGUCAUAGAGGUAUGCAAUAGUGAAUGUAAUAGCAAAGGAAGUCAUUCAAGUACUUUCCUUCUCUCUUCUUCAGCUUUGCUGGAGGUGAUAGAGCAACACAGAUUUCUGGAAGUUAUCCACAGACACUGCUUCUUUUCCCUAUGAAUUGAGAAAUGCAUCUUGGACCAUACACUUGUGUUAACAAGAGGCUGGGGAGAGAGCUUGAAUUAUUGACGCGAGCAAUGGCGUUGCCGUCUGCCUGGAGUGUGAUGCGCGUGGCGAUCCCGUUCGUCUCGGUGCUGGGCCUGCUAAGCGUGAGGCUUGUGGGGGCCAGCCAGGACUCGGGGAGUGUCAUUCCUGCCGAAAGCCGUCCUUGUGUUGACUGCCAUGCGUUUGAGUUCAUGCAGAGGGCGUUGCAGGAUUUAAAGAAGAUGGCGUAUAAUCUAGACACGCGGACAGAAACCCUCCUCCUGAGAGCAGAGAAGAGAGGCCUGUGUGACUGCUUUCCUGCAAUACACUGAAACGAGUGCUGGGAUUAGGCCAAUGGACAUGUAUUAUGUAUUCAUUUUUAAAACACUAUUGAAUAAAUUACAGGAAGAUACAGAAUGCCACACCACAAGAAAACAAUUUUUAUCCAAACAGUUAAAGCCCAGUUAGAUCAUAUUUGCUUUGAUGUAUUUUGUCAGUACUGUAUGUGAUAUUGUAUCUGCUGAGAUGUCAAAAGAAAAAUUAGUGUCUCACUCCUGGGUUUUGUGUGAGGACAGCAUCUCACUUUCCUGCUAUUUCAAGCCAAAAAUUAUCCUUAGACUCUCAGGCCAACUCCUCAGCUUAUGUAAAUGGCCAUAGAUCUGUGAAAGUAAGUAGAGUCAAAUUCUUUGAUAUAUUUAUGUUACAAAUGUGUCUCUAAAAAGAAAAGGAAGCUGCUUUGCAGUGAUGCUUAGCUGUAAAUUUGCAAACAAGCAGUCAUGCUUUUAUACAGAAAUUAAUAGUUGUCACUGCCUGCUUGGCAGCCCACAGAAGGUAUUUGUUCCCGAUUGUAUCAAUAAUCCAGUGCACAGCAAACAGUAAUCUGUACCCAGCGUUUGUUUCUUCAGAGCCACACAGUCGCUGUGAUCUUUUUGGAGGGAUUUAUUAAGUAUCUAAUGCGAUCACUAACGUUUAUAAUCACAUGAAUGCUGCCUGGCAGUAGAACCGAUUGCGUCUGCCAAAAUCUUCCGGAGAAGUGUCUUUCAUUAAGCAAAUCGCAGACUGGGCUGAGCCGCUCUCAUUGGCCGCGUCAGAGGGUUUUGGCAGAACGCCUGCACAGCGCCGCGCACCCAGGAGCCUCCUGCAAACUCUACUCUUUAAAUAUUUGGGUUCCAGCAAAAUGGCCCACAGCUCUUGCACGGACUUACGCGGGGAGGAAUUUCACUCCAUAGUGAUGGGUUACAGCGCUGAUGCUAUUAAUAUUCCUGCUGCAGUCAGUGGGAGAUGAGAGGACAGAACGGUUCAGGCAGUGUAGCAGUGGUAGACAAGAUUGCACCUUGUUAUACUUUGAAAAACAGUGGCAGAUCCUUUCCCCUUCUUUUCCUUUUUAUUUUUUUUUUCCUUUUUAUUUGGGGUGGGCGGGAUGGGGAAAACAGAAGAUUCCCCCAGUGGAAAGUUAUGGUACAGAAUAACAGAUUUUCAUAAAACUUCAGCUAUCUUCCCCAAAGUGUAUUGAAUGGAAAUGUGUAGAUCAGCUAGAGCUUCUAUGUACGAAUCUGUAAUUUUAUACACGCAGGAGUUUGGGAGCAGUAUUAACAACAGUGGUUUUCAAAGUUAUUUUAUCAACCCUUAUUAAAAUGCCCAUUUCUCCAUAAGCAGCUGAUGUUCUGCUGUCAGGCAGCUCAGUGAUGUAUGAUGGCAGCUAAUAACCUCUGUGUUUCCAAGCCUCUUCUCUUCCAUUUUAUUCCACCACUGCAGGCACAGGGAACUGUGACCCACUGCCAAAAUAUUUUGUGUGCAGUCACAGUCAGUAAUACACAGAAUACACUCUGCCAAAGUCGUUUGAAAGGCUGCUGGUUCUCAGUAAGGAAAAGCAUCCUUCCACCUUCAUUUUAUGUAGGAAUUUUGUUGUCCUUUGUAGCAUUCUAGAAAAACCCUUUAUAGGUCAUCAGGACCCAGUUUGUAUAAGAGAGAAGCAUCAUGACACAGCAACACAUUGCUUCUAGAAGCAUUACACUCCACUGUAGCACUGGAAACUGGCUGAGGGGAAGCAAUAGAGAGUCUCAUAACAGAGUGGUUUAUUUUACAGCUAAAACAGUAGGCAUAACACAACUGCUUUCAAAUACCAGCCUUAGGUUGCUUUACUCCCACUUAGAUUCGGACAUAAGCAAUGCACAGAUCUUGAAUUGAUUUUUGGCAGGAGGUAGAAUUUCAGCACUGAACCUGUGAAUUUUUCAGUGCAGCUCACUUUCUGGGGAUGGCAGCAUGUCUGUGGUUUUGUAUUGCUGUUGUGCAUGCUUAUUCUGCUGGUACCUUAAAGAAUGCGGCAAAGUCCUGUUAGCAAAUGCUGGUUUGGGGUUAUUUUUUCUUUUUUUUUUUUGGCUGUGUUUUUAUUUAGAAAAGUGGUUGCACACAGCUGAGUUUUGAUAUGCAGCUUAUUAUGAUAAAAAGGUGGAAUGACUGAUGAGUGGAUGUUCUCUGGCUCCCAAAGGGACCAGAGUGACAUUGCAAGUUUACAGAUGUGACAGCAUUGAUGAGAUGUACUCCUCUUUGUCUAUAACAAUAAAAAGACAAGAUGCAUUGCA